GCACAAGCUCGCUUGUAACCACAACUGCGACAGGCAGUCGUUUAUCCGCAGCCCGACGCGCAUUCAAGGUUCUCUUCAACCGCUUGGAUGGAUCGCAAGAAGGGGACGGGCGUACUGGACAAGGCGUUGCCGGGCCCUAACCCCAACGUCGCGCGCAAGCACGCGAGCAGCACCCGUAAAGCCUUAUUACUCUCUGCCGUAUUCGGCGCAAUCUACCUGUCCUAUGGCCACCUCACGGCUCAGGAAGGUAUCAGCAAUAACUCUGUGCUGCAUAGGAAACGGCCGUUGAAAGGCAGGGACGCCGAAAAACUCUUCCUCUCUGUCCCAGACGAAGAGUCUGCCCUUGCCACAAGCCGGAUCUACGCCACGCACCCGCAUCUUGCGGGCUCUUCGGAGGAUCUUCAAGACGCCAAAGGCAUUCUCGAGCUUUUCCAGACGGAGUUCGGCGUCGAAGCGCCUUCCAAGUUACCGGUAUUCUCUGCAGGAACGUCGGAGUCUCGCAAUGCGACAUUGCACAUCACCUCGUCAUCUCGUCCCAACGCAUGGAUAGACAAGUAUUAUCCUGUCAUGAAUACACCGCUCGACCGUAGUCUGCAGAUCUUGGGCAAGGAUGGAUCGGUUGAAUGGAACGCCGACCUCGUUGAGGACGGAGACCCGCGCGAUCCAGAAGCUGGCGAGUACCGGGACUAUGUUCCAACGUUCCAUGGGCUCAGCAAGGACGGCGACGUCGAGGGCAAGCUCAUCUAUGGCAACUAUUGUACCAGGGAAGAUUAUCAGGAGCUCGAGUCGAAGGGUGUCGAUCUGUUCGGCACCAUCGUACUGUGCCGUUACGGUGCAAACUUCCGCGGGAUCAAGAUCCAGCUUGCUCAGGAGCGUGGAGCGUCUGGUGUGCUCAUUUACUCGGACACGCGUGACGACGGUGUAGUUACUGUCGAAAAUGGGUAUGAAACAUAUCCCGGAGGUCCAGCCAGGAAUCCUACUUCAGUACAGCGUGGAUCCGUCCAGUACUUGGCCAUGUACCCGGGAGACCCUACCACCCCUGGGACCCCCGCUUACGAGAAUGCUACUCGCACUGACGGCGAGAACAUUCCCAAGAUCCCCAGUCUUCCUAUCAGCUGGAACAACGCUAAAGUCUUACUGGAGGAGAUCGGUGGGUUAGACGAAGGGCGAACCUUGAGCGGUAAAUUAUCCGACAAGACAAUCAAAUUGGUGAACCACGUCGACACGCGGGUGAUCCCGAUCUGGAACACGAUGGCCAGCAUACCUGGACAUAUCCGGGACGAGGUCGUCGUUAUCGGUUGCCACAGGGAUGCCUGGGUAAUGGGCGCCGCAGACCCUACGUCUGGCACCGUAUCGCUCUUUGAGAUAGUCCGUGGCUUUGGACACCUCCUUCGCAGCGGCUGGAAGCCGCUUCGUACCGUCGUUUUCGCCAGCUGGGAUGCCGAGGAAUAUGGUCUCAUUGGGUCCACGGAAUGGGGAGAGGACUUCAGCGAUUGGAUUGGUGCGAAUGUCGUCGCCUAUUUACAGAUUGACGUCUCCGUCGGCGGUUCUCGCUGGAAUGCCGGGGCUUCACCCUCUUUGGCGCACCUUAUUCGCGCCACGGCCCAAGAAAUUCCCCACCCCACGGACAAGCACCGAACACUAUGGGACGCUGGGGAAGAUAUCGGUCCAUAUGAUGGCUCGGCCGCUGAUGCGGAUUUCAUGGCAAACUUUGCAGCAGCUGAAGAGCGGCGGGCCGCGAAUAAGGAUUCCGUUGGAAUUCUCAGCCCGCUAGGAAGCGGCUCUGACUUCACGGUGUUCCUCCAGAGGAUUGGUAUCGCGUCGUGCGAUCAGGGUUUCGGCGGUACUCCGUAUGAUGCUGUAUAUCAUUACCAUUCCAUCUACGACUCCCAGCACUGGCAAGAACAUUUUGCGGACGAAGGAUUCCAUAGACACGUCGCUGUCAGCAAGCACCUUGGUUUACUCGCUCUACGUGUCAUCGACAGCAUCAUCCUACCCUUGAACACUACCCAAUAUGUUCUCGAAUUGCAUUCCUAUCUGGAUGAGGUUGAGGAGAUUGCAUCGGAUAGUUCACUACAUACCGAUUUGUCCAGCUUGCGCGAGUCUAUCAAGGAAUUGGAAGCUGCGUCGAGAGCCCUGGACUAUGAGAAGGCAGAGGCCGAGGAGAACUUCAAGAAACUUCUCAAGAAACUGCCUGGCGGCGACGGCGUAUGCCGCGACCUACCUUUCCGCCGCGUUCGGGAAUGGAUCAAGGCGGUGUUUGGUGUCCACCCAAGUCCACCCGAAGUCGCCGACGACGCCUACCUGCAGCUCCUUGGACCGGAUGCCGAGGUUUCCCACGGACACAAUGGUACGCCCAUCGAGGAGUUCAUCAAGGCCGCGAAACGCGUUCGCAAAGACAAUCAGAAGUUGCAGGCAUUUGAACAAGGUUUCAUAUCCGAAGAAGGCAUCAAGGACCGUGAAUGGUAUAAACACCUUGGGGUCGCCCCCGGCAAGUAUCUGGGUUACGGAGCAACCACCUUCCCCGCGUUGACGGAAGCCAUCACAAUCGAGAAGAACGAGACUUUGGUGAAAUACGAGUCGAAGCGUUUGAAGAACCUCCUGGACAAAUUGACGGAACACCUCCUCGCAUAA